AUGUUCUAUCUGAUCGGUAUAGGGAUGUCCUCGCCAGAGGAUAUCACUCUGAGCGGACUGAAAACGAUCCAAGACAGCAAGAAGGUUUAUUUGGAAGGUUAUACGAGCAUAUUGAUUGAUUCGCAACUGGAAGAUUUGCAAGCCCUUUAUGGUAAAGAUAUCAUCUUGGCCGAUAGAGAUUUCAUCGAAACACGAUCGGACGAAAUUUUGGACCAGGCCGCCGAGGAGGAUGUUUCUCUGUUAGUUGUGGGUGAUCCAUUCGGAGCAACGACACAUGCAGAUUUAUUAUUGAGAUGCACGAAAAAGGGGAUCAAAUACCGAGUCAUACACAACGUAUCAAUCCUGAAUGCGAUCGGCUCGAUCGGGAUUAAUCUAUACCACUUUGGCCAAACCGUCUCGAUCCCCUUCUUCAAUUCGAACUGGAGACCCAAAAGCUGGUUCAAGAAAAUCAACCAAAAUUUCAACCUGGGUCUUCAUACUUUGUGUCUCCUCGAUAUUAAAGUCAAAGAGCAAUCCGAUGAGAAUUUGGCUAGGGGUCGAAAGAUUUAUGAAAAGCCACGCUACAUGACCAUCACAACAGCAAUCGAACAAAUCAUAUCAAUCAUAGAAGAAUUCAAGCAAGAAGACAAGGAUUCAGAGGAGGAGGAUUCAGAGGAGAGAUACACGAACAGGCUGACCGAUCCCGCCCAAAUCCUAUGUAUAGCGGCAUGUAGGGUGACUUCUAAGACUGAAAAAUUCCUGGUCGGGAGCAUGGCGGAGCUUGCCAAGUUAGAGCCCGAGGAGUUCGGAGGACCGUUGCAUUCGUUGAUCAUUCUCGGAGACGAUCCUUCCAAGAAGAAUUUAAAUCCAGUCGAGAUCGAAUUCCUUUCGGGCUUUGCUGUUGAUAAACAGUCGUGGUUCCGGCUCACCGGCCCUUCCAGUAAUCAAUUAACAUCUUGA